UUGAAGUUGAGGUCAGAAAGUAUGGGAAAGUGAGUAACAACUAACUAUUGUUCUCUGACUCUGCUGAUUCAGACGUUGUAGAAGAGAAAUCCUGCAACAAUGAGCUUCCAUCUCUUAACCAAAGCCAGAAACCGAACAGUGUUUUCGUAUCUACUCUCACGCGCAUUCUCUCACGGACCCCAACGACCUGGCAGGCCUUCAUUCGGCAUCGCGUUCGACAUCGACGGUGUCAUUUUGCUCGGAAACUCUCCUGUCGGUGGUUCUCCUGGAGCGCUGAGAAAAUUAUACGACGCUGAUGGUGGAUUGAAAAUCCCGUAUGUUUUCCUCACUAAUGGUGGUGGCUUUCCUGAGGCUAAAAGAGCUUUUGAACUAAGUCAACUGUUAGGUGUGAAUGUCUCACCUUCGCAGGUUCUACAAGGCCAUUCACCAUUUAAACAACUGGUCAAGAGAUUUGAGAAUGAUCUCGUUGUGGCUGUGGGGAAAGGGGAACCUGCAGCUGUGAUGUCGGAAUAUGGUUUUAGACAUGCUCUUUCAAUUGAUGAAUAUGCCUCGUGCUUUGAAAACAUUGAUCCGCUGGCUCCAUACAAGAAAUGGACUUCCAAUCUGGCUACUAUGCAGAAUUCAAAGUUUAAUGAGAGUUUUCCAAGGAAUGAUGUCCUCUCUAAAAGGGUUCAAGCAGCAUUUAUAGUUAGUGACCCUGUUGAUUGGAGCAGGGAUAUACAGGUUCUCUGUGACGUCUUAAAAACAGGAGGCCUUCCUGGAAGAAAUGUUGGACCACAACCACAUAUAUAUUUUGCAAAUGAUGACCUUGAAUAUCAGACUAAAUUUCCUUCUGAACGUUUGGGCAUGGGAGCAUUCAGGAUUGCAUUAGAAUCCAUCUUCAAUAGGACUCAUCCUCAUUGCUUGGAGUAUACCUGUUUUGGCAAACCACAUCCAUCAGUAUUCAAGAAUGCAGAAAUUGUGUUACAGAAACUUGUGGCAUCACUUUAUGAUGAUUUCUAUGAUAAAAAUCAUGAUAAGACUUCAUCUUUUAAAACACUGUACAUGAUUGGAGAUAAUCCUGCAGUUGAUAUCAGAGGAGCACGACAGACUGGGCAUCCUUGGUUUUCUAUUCUCACCAGAACUGGAGUUUUCAAGGGGAAGGAAAAUCAUGACAAAUUUUCAGCAGAUCUGGUGGUUGACACUGUUGAAGAAGCUGUGGACUACAUACUGGCAAAGGAAUGCGCUUCAUAGCCCUGCCCGCUUUAUCUGGCCAAGGCGUUUAUUCUUUACAGAAAGGGUUCUAAAAUGAUAUGUGAAAGUAAUAGGUGAUUUUGUGAUCUCUACAUAAUGCAACAACUUAUGGCCUAAUCCUGCUAUUCAUCAUUA